CGCCCUCUUCGUGCCUCCCUUCCCUUCACGCCGCCGUUUAAUCGCGGUGUUGCGCGAUGUUUCGUUACGAGUUCCGUAUCCCGCAGUAUUGAUGAUUUCCAUUUUAGGAAAUCCUGCCCGUUUCACCUUAGCAUGAUCACGAAACAGCCGGGCUCGGGAUUCGCGCGGACACUCAAAGGGUCUGUCAAGGUUGUCCUUAUAAUCGAGGGCGCGCUGUUCCUAGGAUCAUACGGACUUUGGCGUUGCCUCAACACUUCGCAAGAUUUCAGAUAUUACAUGCGCCAACAUUUCCCAAACAUAUUGGAGGGUUACUACAUGCUCGGGGAACAGUUGUCUGGCAACGAUCACAUAAGGACGUUCGAUUACAAGACCUGGAUGGAGCAGCGCAAUGAGCAUUAAAUCUUCAUGGCGGCGUUUCUGAGGCUCACGGUGCUCUCGGUGGUUCUCGGCGGUGGAUUGGGAUACGGUCUGCUUUACCUCGCUACCAACAACCAAUCGGAUCUCGCAGAGCAUCUCUCGUCGCGACGUACCUUGUCGGAGAAACACAGCCUUUUCAAUCCGUUAUACAAGAAAUCUGACAAAUUGAUGAGCCAAGAGGGGUCAAGCAACGUUAGUUACAAGGACUUCGUGGCUCAAAGGAACGCAAACGAAGGCGCUGAGAAAUAGCAUUCGUAGAACUGAAAAAAAUGGAUCCCACGGAGUUUAUAGAGGAGAGUCUACCGGAUCGUAUCACGAAGAGGGAUCGGGAGCGGAAGAAUGUCAUCGAGAGGCGGAGGGAGGAGCGGCAGUCGCUCGCCGUGGAGUCCGAGCAGAGUGGCUACUUCAAGGACACGUUUUACUCCACCUGCAAGAAGAUCAAGGACAUGCUGGACAACGCACCCGGCGCCACGUCCACGGCGUUGCCGGGGAUCUUCGAGAAGUCGAACAAGGAGAUCCAGCUGCUCAAGAACUACCUGUCGCAGUCGAAGAUGUUUCUGAAGGUUUACGACAUAAGGCGCGCGCAGGAGAACCUGCAGUCGCUGGAGGGCCAGGCCUCCGAGCUGGAGAUGAGGCUGCUGCCGAAGAAGAAGUUCGGCUUCAAGAAUCGUCGAAUCGUGAAGAAGCCCGCGGACAAGGGCCACGACAUCACGGACGGCCUGAAGGAUCUCAAGAUAUCCGAGAGCAUCGUGAACGGCUCGACGAAGCAGAACAACAAGUUAUCGAGCAAGUACGGGGACAGUGCCUGCAUGCUCCUGGGCAAGGUGAACGAGCGAGUUGUGCUGGACGCCGAGAAUGUGAAUAAAAAUGACAUUCUACUUUCCGAUCUGGUUCGCUGUACCGUGCGGAUAUACGGUACGCCGAGCACCCUGCACAUGGUGAACCUGAAGCAGUGCACCAUAUUAGUCGGGCCGGUGACGUCCUCGGUUUUCGUGCACGACUGCAGUGACUGUGUAUUCGCAUUCGCGUGCCAGCAGCUGCGACUGCACUCGUCGACGGACUGUACCAUUUAUUUACACGUCACAAGCAGGGCGAUCAUAGAGGACUGCACGAAGAUACGUGUAGCACCUUACAACUGGUCCUACGAGGAUCAGACGAGUCACUUUAAUCUAGCCGGCCUCGAUCCAAAGAUUAACAAUUGGAACUGCAUCGACGACUUCAAUUGGCUAUCUAGUGAAAAACAUUCGCCGAACUGGUCGAUUCUCGAACCGGAGCUUCGGGUGAAAACGUGGGAUUGAAAACGAAUGAAACUUGUAAAAUAAAGAGGAACAGAGCAAUUAAAAAAAAAACACAGAGUCGUAGCGAAAAUGUUUUCACGGAACCUGAUUUCUUCUUUCUCCGAAGUCGAUUUAUUUACGUUAAAUAGAUCAUCUACAUAUAUAUCGUGCUUUUUCACAAGAUGCAAGUUAUAUAUGCAAAGUUUUAUAUACUUACGAUAUCUAAUAAAUUUACUGUUUGUGCAAUAUACAGGGUGCCCUAUUUUACAAGUCACACCUAAAUAACUUUGGAAAGACGACUAUAUCCAUAGCCAUGUCAUGUGAGGGAAAAAUUCAUAUGGUUUUCAAGAAGGUAAAAGUUCUUUUAUACAACUCUUUUCAAAGUUAUCUGGGUUUGCUUUUUAAAAUGGGACCACCCCUUUAUAUACAUACAAACAUGUACAUGUUGCGUUUUUGCGUUUUGCUUAUCUUCCAAUAUGAGGAAUCGAGCUAUCCCGUUUCGUUUAAAAAAAUAUAUAUAUUGGAUGUUAAUACAUUAUAAUCUUAUGUACACAAA